CUGUGCAAGUGAGAGGGAGCUGGCGGGUGGGGCGCGAGCGCGCAGGCGCAGCCGGGGGCCGGGCGGCGACUCCGGAAUCUCGGUGAUCCCCAGUCUGCGCCGCAUCCCGAACCGCAGCCAUGGCCGCCUACAAGCUGGUGCUGAUCCGACAUGGUGAGAGCGCAUGGAACCUGGAGAACCGUUUCAGCGGCUGGUACGACGCGGACCUGAGCCCAGCCGGGCACGAGGAGGCGAAGCGAGGCGGGCAGGCGCUGAGAGAUGCUGGCUAUGAGUUUGACAUCUGCUUCACCUCAGUGCAGAAGAGAGCAAUCCGGACCCUCUGGACAGUGCUGGAUGCCAUUGACCAAAUGUGGCUGCCAGUGGUGAGGACUUGGCGCCUUAACGAGCGACACUACGGGGGUCUGACUGGCCUCAAUAAGGCAGAAACUGCUGCCAAACAUGGUGAGGCGCAGGUCAAGAUCUGGAGGCGCUCUUAUGACGUCCCGCCACCGCCCAUGGAGCCCGACCAUCCCUUCUACAGCAACAUCAGUAAGGAUCGCAGGUACGCAGACCUCACUGAAGACCAGCUGCCCUCCUGUGAGAGUCUGAAAGACACAAUUGCCAGAGCUCUGCCCUUUUGGAAUGAAGAAAUUGUCCCCCAGAUCAAGGAGGGGAAACGGGUACUAAUUGCAGCCCAUGGCAACAGCCUUCGGGGCAUCGUCAAGCAUCUGGAGGGUCUCUCUGAAGAGGCUAUCAUGGAGCUGAACCUGCCGACUGGCAUUCCCAUGGUCUAUGAAUUGGACAAGAACUUGAAGCCCAUCAAGCCCAUGCAGUUCCUGGGGGAUGAAGAGACCGUGCGUAAAGCCAUGGAGGCUGUUGCUGCCCAGGGCAAGGCCAAGAAGUGAGGGCAAGCAGCAGAUUACUUUCCCAAGGAUUACCCUCCUCCCCUGCCCUGGCCCACCCUAUUCCUCUGCACUUCUCCCCGGCACAUGUCCCACUGAUGACAUCUGUAGGCAUUGUAAGUUGUAGCUGCAGGUGGGGACCAGCAGCUCCCAAUUCCACAUUAGCCAUUUUAUCUCUUGCACCCACUCCCUUCAUACAGUCUAGUCAGAAUGGCACGUCUGGGGCAUGGUCCUCAGUCCAAGCCGAGGGAAGACUUAUCCAGAAGCAUUGAGAGGUCAUCACUGGGGGGUUUGAUGGUGGUUUAGUACUAAGGAGCUGCUUGAGUAGGGGACAGGGAGAAAACCAUGCUGAGGUGUGACCAAUGAGGAGGAGUAAGAGCCUAUUCGUGUCCCCAGAGGCCAGCUGGGCACUAUUCUGUUAGGUGACUCAGGGCUCUAGUCAUUCCAGUGGAAGAUGAAUGUAACCUGCAUGGUGAUUGAAUCAAACAUUCCUCCCUGACUCUAAAAGGCUGGAUCAAUCCUGAAUGUUUUUGUGUUGCAUUUACUUAAAAAACAAAAACAAAAAAUUAUAUAUAAAUAUAAAAAAAAAAAAAACCCCUUCUGGGGUUUUUAGUGGCGGUUGAAAUAUUCCCACAUGUGGUCAUCAGCAAAUAAGUCAUUCCUUACACCAUCAUGGGAUAAGCUCCUUGACUUCUAAGGUGUAGGAGUUCAUCCUGCUGUGUGUUUUAGAAUCCCUCCCCUGCCUUACUGUUUUAUGGCAGCGGAAUGCCUCUUGAUCAUGUCCAAGUGUGUCUCUCACUGUGCCUGACUUCUGAAUCAUGUUCCAGUUGCUUGGCCCAGCACUUGGGCCCAGUACUCAUUUGAGCAUAACUGUACUAAAACUUUUUUCCAAGUAUAAAAUAAAGGAGUGAUGUGCAAUA